AUGUCUUCUCAGCCCAAUCGUGCACAACCGUACUCAUUAACUACCCCAAGGGGUCAGAGAAACCCCGUUGUUGGCACCUCAGCGAACCGCUCUGAACAGAGAUCAAUCCGGGGUCAAGGCGCGAUGAGACCGCCACUGGCUAAUGACGGUGCCCACGACCGCAGUGAAGGUUCGACGGAACUUCUCUUAGCUGCCAUAACAACCUUAGGUGCGAAGGUUGAGCAAGAGAUGUUGCUUAUGUCUGAUAACUUUCGUCAAGAACUCUCGACCGUUUCAGAGAAGAUUGAUGAUGACAUUGCGAGCUUGUCUAACAAGAUCAAUGGGGAUAUGAAUGCAAUGGCUGACAAGAUCGAUCAAAACCUCAUCGCUUUAUCCAACAAAGUCGAUCAGGUCAAUGACACCGUUGAAGAGAACGCUUCUCGUCUGCCUGCCGGUGCACCUCAUGGCCCACCGGCCGCUGCCACGGGACGCGCAGUAUCAAUUGCCGCUUGGAUGUACAGCCCUGAGCUCAAAGCCAAGGUGUAUGCUAUUGCCUAUGAAUUGGUCGCACUCCCUACGAUCACCGCAUAUACCGCUCUGGAAACUCCAGCUGGAGACUUGAUCAUGAACUCUCUGUUCAACACUAUCAAGAAAGCAGUUAGGGACAUUCCAGGAACCUGGGCUGUUGAUCAACUGCCCCCUGUCGUCAAUGGAAGCCAGGACGUUGCAGCUACCCAAAAGUACGCGACCUUGGUCAAGGACGCUGGCAAACACGCUCGGGAGCGGUUACACAUCUUGGUGUUGCACAACAUUAAAUACAAUCCUGAAGCGACGGUUCCAUGCCUCAAGAAGCUCCUCCACCGUGCUUAUUGGGUCCGCACGCCUUUGGAACUACGCCUCCGCAUCGCCUACCUGCGACGCGAGGCUGUUAGAAUAUUCCAAUCUCUUCGAAGCGGCGGAGGCGGAGGGAAUAUCUGGUCGCGGGUGGACCGACAGCUUCAAUUUCUGGAAGAGCAAGGCCCGCUAUACACUUCCGCGUAA